CCACAUUUCAGGAAACUUGCUCAUGUAAAAGAAUUUGUGAGUAUGUAGCAUGUUCAGGUUCUCAACUUUUGACAAUGGGAGUGGCUCGUCCUAAGAAAUUAAUACAUACACUGUUAGCUUUCCCACACAAACGCGACGCUAUAUUUCAGUGCUUAAAUUCCAGAGAAACGAAGUUUAAAUUUAAAAAAGAGCAGUUUAAUCCUUAAGAAAUAAACAUAUUUAUGCACACAGAAACAGCAUUUUUAUUAGAUUAGCUGCUGCAUAUAACGUGAUUCAGGCUGCUUGACGUUGGCCUUUACAUAUGAAAAGGAAAUCAUUCACGGUCUUCAGCUCCUUUUAUUUUCAAAGUUAGCAGCGACUUUUCCAUAUGGACUUUUCCUGUUCCCUGACACUCUUAUAAGCUGGUAAGGCUUACUGCUCUGACAAGAGGAAUACUAAGAGAUGAUCAGAAAUGGCUGCUCCCAGGGCUUUCCUACUCCAUAUUGUAUCCAAUAAGAUAAAAUAAAACCAUUCCAAAAUAUCCUGCUUUCUAGACUUCCUCUAUCUCCCCAGUACUGCGUCUCAUGCCCCGAUGAGCAGCCUUCUCGUGUCAGGUGGUCCCCAGCUGCUGGGAGGUUAUUGGCCGUGACUCUAUUGACAGCAUUUUGAAAGGACUCCAGUCCUCUUUUUACUGGUCUUGGAUUACUGUCGGGCAGGAACUGGAGAGGGGAGUCUUUGCAAGCUCUUUCAGCAUGAGUGGGACUCACGGAAGAACUCCUGUAACCUUCUUACUUUGUGAAAUAGAAGAAUAAAUGUUCCAACAAUAACAAACUCCCCGUCCAGAAGCGGGAGGACGUGAAAAAAAAGCUUGUCAAACAAAAGCCUUUAUUUUUCUGUUUUUGCACUGGGGACCUGUGUCCACAUGAGAGAAUCAGGAGUGGAUAUGUUGUCAUGGUAACCGAGUCUGACACGGGCAGGCCAGCCCCCAAAAAUUGUCUGGUGAAUGGAGGAGUGCUCCGGGAGUGGCGGCUGAGAGAAAACUAGUAACGGGGUGCUGGAGGGGCGGCGGCGGCUAUAGUGCGCCUCUUAUAACAGAAGGGACACCGGCGGCAGGCAGUAUCCGCCUCAGAAUGGAGGACGGGUUUUCUAGCUAUAACAGCCUCUAUGAUACUUCAUCGCUACUCCAGUUUUGUAAUGAUGACAGUGCCUCUGCUGCAAGUAGUAUGGAGGUUACCGAUCGCAUUGCAUCACUGGAGCAGCGAGUCCAGCUGCAGGAAGAUGAGAUACAGCUCCUCAAGUCAGCACUGGCGGAUGUUGUUCGACGUUUAAACAUUUCAGAAGAACAGUAUGCCUUGCUGAACCGAAAAGGACCAACCAAAGAUCAAACUGAUAAGAAAGUUGCCAGCACAGAGACAGAAAAAAAAGGCAGUGCUUCUGCUAAAUCAGCACGACCUCUGGUGCAAACACUGCCUUUAAGACCUACGGUUAGUAACGGAACUGUUUUACCAAAGAAACCUUGUGGCUCCUUGCCAUCUCCAUCAGGAACAAGAAAAGAAAUUACCCCACCUCCAUCAAAGAGUUCUGGAAAACGUACAAGUUCUACAGAACGUGUACCCUCAGGAGGCAGAAGAGACAGCUCUGGAGACUCCAAGAGUAAUCGCAACCGCACAGGAUCUACAAGCAGCUCUUCCAGCAGUAAGAAGAACAGCGACAGUAAACCCAAGGAUCCCAUAUUCAGUGCAGGGAAACGACGGGUGACACACUGCAAAGAGGAGGGGUACGUAAAAAUGUUUCUUCGUGGGCGUCCUGUUACCAUGCACAUGCCAAAAGAUGAAGUAGAAUCAUACAGCCUAGAAGCAAAAGGAGAGCUACCAGCCAAGAAGCUAAAACUUGAAUGGGUUUAUGGUUACAGAGGUCGUGACUGUCGUAGCAACUUGUAUCUGCUCCCAACAGGUGAAACAGUGUACUUCAUUGCAUCUGUAGUAGUGCUGUACAAUGUAGAAGAACAACUUCAGAGACACUACACUGGCCAUAAUGAUGAUGUCAAGUGCCUAGCAGUCCAUCCAGACAGGAUCACCAUAGCAACAGGUCAGGUUGCAGGCACAUCCAAGGAUGGGAAACAACUGCCUCCCCAUGUGCGUGUCUGGGAUUCUGUUACAUUGAACACGCUUCACGUCCUUGGAAUGGGCUUCUUCGACCGGGCUGUUACAUGUAUUGCCUUUUCCAAAUCUAAUGGAGGUUGUAACUUGUGUGCUGUAGAUGAUUCCAAUGACCAUGUUCUUUCUGUGUGGGACUGGCAGAAAGAAGAAAAACUAGCAGAUGUUAAGUGUUCCAAUGAAGCUGUUUUUGCUGCGGACUUUCAUCCUACAGAAACAAAUAAUAUAGUUACCUGUGGAAAAUCGCACCUUUACUUUUGGACUUUAGAAGGCAACUCUUUUAUUAAAAAACAAGGAUUGUUUGAGAAACAAGAGAAACCAAAAUUUGUAUUAUGUGUAACCUUCUCUGAAAAUGGUGACACAAUUACAGGAGACUCAAGUGGAAAUAUUCUAGUUUGGGGAAAAGGUACCAGUCGUAUCACUUAUGCUGUUCAAGCGGCCCAUGAAGGGGGUAUUUUUGCUUUAUGUAUUCUGCGUGAUGGCACUUUGGUAUCAGGAGGAGGAAAAGAUAGGAAGUUGAUUUCCUGGAAUGGAAAUUUUCAGAAGAUUUCUGAAACUGAGGUUCCGGAGCAGUUUGGUCCUGUAAGAACUGUAGCAGAAGGAAGAGGAGAUGCAUUACUUAUCGGUACUACAAGGAAUUUUGUCCUACAAGGCAGUUUAUCUGGAGAUUUUUGUCCAAUUACCCAGGGUCACACCGAUGAGCUUUGGGGACUAGCUGCACAUCCACUUAAAGCCCAUUUCUUGACAUGUGGACAUGACAAGCACAUCAUGCUCUGGGAUACUACUACGCAUCAGCCGAUUUGGAACAAAAUCAUAGAGGAUCCAGCACAAUCAGCCGAUUUCCAUCCCCUGGGGUCAGUAGUUGCCAUAGGAACCUUAGCUGGAAGAUGGUUUGUCUUAGACACAGAAACAAAGGACUUGGUGACGGUCCACACAGAUGGAAAUGAACAGUUAUCAGUUAUGCGCUACUCACCAGAUGGAAACUCUCUGGCUAUAGGAUCACAUGACAACUACAUUUACAUUUAUGGAGUGAGUGAAAAUGGAAGAAAGUACAGCAGAAUUGGCAAAUGCUCAGGGCAUUCCAGUUUCAUUACUCAUUUGGACUGGUCUAGUAACUCUCAGUACCUGAUGUCUAAUUCGGGUGACUAUGAAAUUCUGUAUUGGAUUCCCUCAACCUGCAAACAAGUAGUAAGCGUUGACUCUACAAGAGAUAUUGAAUGGACUACUUAUACCUGUACACUAGGAUUCCAUGUUUUUGGUAAGUGUGUAUUGUUUGAUUCAGAGGUUUCUGUAUUUUGCUGCGAUUCUGUGUAA